UUUCACCGGUCCCCCCAAAAAGAGGGACAGCUUACAACAUGGAUUUCGUACCCCAUUAAAAAAAAAUCUCAAUAACAAAGUUCAUAGCCCGCUUGAGAAAAUUAUGGGAAGAUAUCCCCGUAAAAAUAUUCAGUGCUCGAACUUGACACUUUAUCUCAUAUUGGCAGUAAAUGUAAGUAUUUUCACAGAUGGGCAGGAUCCAGAAACUAGAUUGGAUGUUUUCAUACUGUCAGGUCAAAGCAAUAUGUCAGGCAGAGGAGGAGUUGAGGGUACCAAAUGGGAUGGAUUUGUCCCUCAUCAAUGCAAACCACACCCUUCAAUCCUCAGAUUCACUGCAGAGGAGAAAUGGGUUGAAGCUCAAGAGCCCCUGCAUAAAGACAUUGAUACAAAAAAAGUGUGUGGAGUGGGUCCUGGCAUGGCUUUUGCAAACAGAUUGUUGAAGCAGCAUAAGGAAUGUGGAGAUCAGAGCUAUCAUGUUGGUCUAGUUCCCUGUGCCAUUGGUGGGACUGCUAUCAAAGAAUGGGAGAAGGGGAGCUUCCUUUACACAAACAUGAUUAACAGAACAAAGGUAGCUCUUGGAUACAACACUGGAAGCUCUAAUGCUUUAAGGGCUCUUUUAUGGUAUCAGGGUGAAAGUGAUGCCAACUCUGAGGAAACUGCUGAUAGUUAUAGACAAAAUCUUGAGAGACUUAUAUAUGAUAUCCGUUCUGAUUUGCAACAACCUGAUCUACUUUUCAUUCAGGUUGCUAUAACCAUGGGUGACCCUCCAUAUAGUGAACCUGUGCAGAAGAUUAGGAAAGCACAGUUGGGUGUGAGCAUUCACAAUGUCUACUGUGUUGAUGCCAAUGGCCUUGUGCUUAAGGAAGACAAACUUCACCUAACAACAAAGUCUCAGUUUUCAAGGGCCCAGUAUAGACUAUGGCUAUUUUUGGUUAAGGACUGGGCUAGUUUUUAGCUGUUUGGAGCUUUUGUCAAAGGUUAAGGGAACCGAAAAAAUUCCUGUUGAAUGGUUGAGGGUGCCUAUUACACCUUCAUCUAUUACACCCUCAUCCUCUAUUUUUAUGAGCUACAGAUUGAGGCUGUAACCUUGCUGAUAUUACCAACCUAUAUUGUAAUGUCUAUCUUUUGAUUAUUUGGCUGGCUCUUUUUGCUUGUGACCGUGCUGGUGUUUGACUGACAUUUGUCAGUCUAGCUGUGUUUGGGCUGCUGAUUUUCAUUAUUUGUAUCAUUUGGCAGCAUAGUGUUGUGGGUUCUAGAUCCUGGUAAAAUCUGAGGGUUUCGGGUCCCUUCAAAACCCGUUGUUAGGGGUUUCGGGUCCUCUCAAAACCUAUUUUUUCCUCAAUCAAAAACAAAGGUUUUACCAAGAAAUAGAGUGGCUCAACAGACAUUUUAGUUACUGCAGAUCUGCCUAAUCAUAAAGAUCUCAUUAGUGAAUCUGCUACAAGACAAAUGUUACUUUGUGGGCCUAUCAACUUGAGACAACAUUAAGGUUUGUGCAAUCUAGUAAAUUUAUGGGUCUUUUUUUGUUAAAUUUAUGAAAUUUAUAUAGAGAUGAAAAUUUAUAUAAUAAUUUGAUGAAUAUUAAUUAAUGAAUAAUUGAGAUUGUUGGACAUAUAUUGUCAGUGAUAUCAAAGUAGAUUUGUCUUUGAUGCUAAAAGAGUGUCAAAUGUGUUAAUUAGUUGUGUGUGUGUUUUUAAUCAGCUAUGUUUUUAGUUGGAGAAUGUUCAAUAUUGUCAUGUCAUAUUGGACCAUUUUGAGUUGUAGAAGUAGUAUGGCUAGCCAUGGUGAUGAUAUCUAUUGUGGAAUGUUUAUUAUAUCAUAUUGUAUGUACUCAUUUCAAGGUAAGUGAUCCAAAAGUUUGAUGUUGAAUAUUUGAGGUAAGUUACCUAGAAAGGGAGCUUGUUCUUGCAACUUUUUAUAAUCCAUAUUUUUUCAUGGUGUGAGUCAUGUUUUGUGGUUUGAGAGGAGAGUAUGUCUACACAUAUUUUAUCAAAUUUUAGAGAUUUUCGAAUUUAUGUUUAUUGGACAAAAAGUUUGAAGUGACAUAAUGGAUAUUUUGCUAGUUAAUUAACUAGGUUGCUAUUUGGUUCAAUGUGGCAAAUGCUUAUGGCAUAUGCUUACUAGAUGUAGCAUUUGGGUGACCAUUGGUAGUCAGGGGUACAUUGGGAACCACAUGGCAUUUUCUUUCUUUUGCAGUAGCAUGUGGGCUUUUGGACCUGACAUAUAACAAGUUUGGACACAUUUGGUAAGGAGUUUUAUGUGGCUAACUUGACGAUACUGUUUGUAUGUUUGGGGCAGACAAAUGAAUGUAACUAUAAUUGUAAUUCAUAUAUAUUGCAGUCUAAGAGAUGUCCUAGGUUGUAGUUGUUACUUGAAUGCUAUGUAAUUUGGGUUUCUAUAUGAAUGUCAUAAUGAAUGUUGUACAAUCAGAUUUGAUGUAAUAUAAGUUGCAUUCUAAUCAUUGAGCACCAUCAUCAGAAGAUCAUAUGUUGUGUGGAAGAGUGUUUGAUGGUCGAUUAGAUCAAGUGAAAGUUAUAUCAUUAGCCAUGAAGUUCUACAAUUCUAUCUUUGUAUUUUGGUAGGACUAAUGUCUUACCUAUUGAGUUGGUGCUUAGAUAUUUGUGUUGGGGAUUGGUGUCUCUGAUAGGUUGGUGCCUACUGCAUAUUGUAAAUGAUCCACUUUUUUGUGGGGUUGGAUUUGGGUAGUACAUCAAAGUAACUAUUCUCACCAUCAUUUUCUCAUCUUGAGUUUGUAUGUAUAUCUGAUGUUCAUUAUGUACAUAUGUGUGUGUUUACGUAU